UAGUUUUACAUUGUUUUUUUAUGAUACAUUGUUAAGCCUCAUGAAAUUAUAAAAUGAUAAAAGUUUCUAGUAGUAUUAUGUGUUGGGAUCCCUCCUUAAUUGGAGAGAUUCUAGAAAUUUCUAAAGCUUUCUAAAGAAGUAUAGAAUUUUCUAGAACGUUGCGGAGAAUCCUAGAGAAGUCUAGAACUCUCUAGAAGCUUGCAGAAUAGUGUGGAAUCCUCUAGAAUAUUCCGGAGAUGUGUGGAAUCUUCCAGAAUCUUAUGGAAGAGUAUGGAAGUAUAUGGAAGUGAACAAGAUAGGAGUGUCACGCAACACAAAAAAUGAAGACAGAAAUGGACCUCCGGCAGUCACACCCACGCCGGAAUCUUCAUCACCCACUCAAUGAAAACCCCUUUUACACUCACUGGGAUUCCCCUCGAUACGUAGAUGAAUUAUGCUUCAGGGACUCUCCACCGGCCAAAUACCGUCUCCCAAAGUGGAAUCAGCGUCCCCAAAUCAGGAAAUAUCAUGACCGAAGACCCCAAAGAACCAGAACAUAUGCGUCUGGACCUGGGGACGGUGACUAUUCUCGCUCUCAACAAGCGUACGCAUAUCCAGAGUCCUGGUACCCAGCACCGCCUCUGAGGGAACGACCGCAACGCUGUCAGAUCUUCCCCGGACGCCGUCUGCUACAUCAACCGGAACACGCCAAGCAUCCAUAACACUCUUGGCGCACAAUUCACCGGAAGCGAAGGCCGUUGAACCCUCAUCUUAGCCAGCGCACCUCAAUCCAUCAAAGGCCCUGUCCAGAAAUCAAAUGGUCAGUAAGAAAUUCAAAUCCAUUUCUCUUAUUACAUAUGGAAGACGACCCUUCAUUCUCCCUCCUAAACUCACACGCACCUGACCAUGAUAAGAAACCCCCCCUCGAUUUCAAUUGUCGAAUCCUUAGAUCGGAAAGGGAUGGCCAGUAUCGCAGGUCUGAGAAUCGAACACACCGUGGCAUCCCAACCUCUAUUGAGGUCGGUGAUAUUGAAAGCUCACCACCUUUCUGUCCGCUACCUUCCCCACUUUCGCCAGAAAGUAAGAUGGGACGAAUUUCUACUACCUCUAUGCCUCACAGGUUGGACGUUAUCCGCAGGGAUCUAGAGUCCACCCUGGUAAGACUACCAUCGGGGCGGAAAACUCUGGCUCUGAACCAUCUUCGUCGACGCUCUCACCUGCACCGGGAGUCGUAGCCGGUAGUCGAGCAGCGAAUAGGGCUCCAAUGGUAGGGUCUCUGGUGAUAGCUGCCAGCUACGGACACCAACCUCCGAGUCAACUCCAGACUAAUAUUUCCAAAUCCUGCGCAUGGGCUGGUAACAGCUGCAGAAAAAGAGCCAGAGCUGGGAGGCUUUUCUGGUAACCAACGAUAGGCUGCCCUCCACCCUUCCACACGAUCCGGCAGGGAUUGGGAUCCUCUGCCGAUCCGGCAGACUUACUUCCGUGUGGCAAAGUUCCCUCCGAGGCCCCAGAUGUCCCCCUAAUCUCAGGCGCAGGAAUCACCCCUAAUGCUGAUAAUGUCAUUUUAAUUAAUGAUACAACCACACCGACUGAUAUUUUCCGGUCAAAUUCAGUGCCCAUUUCAAAGGUGUCUGAUAAAUUCCACUUCUAUGGAGAAGAAGGAUUUGACACGAUCAAAAUCAAAUCUACAUUGUUUAAGUUUGGAAUCAGAAAAAAAGAAAUUGCAAUUUUUGAGAUCAAGAAAUCUCUGAUGCACAAUAUUAGUUUCAAUCUAGACUUGGCUCCUGAAAUCAUCGGCUAUAUUACUCAGCUCACAGAAAUGGAUCUUCUCUAUCAGCAGCUAAGGACAUUUGGGCCUAUUUCGGUCGCUUCAAUUUGCAAUGCAGGCAAUUUUUUAAAAAUAGCUAAGGAAAAGGGGAGCUCUAUCCUUAUUCCCAUGGGGCGGAAUAAAUCAAGCCUGAUUGAAUUUUUAAAUAUUUUCUCUAACUUUGUGAGAUUUCAUGAUUUAGCACUGGAGGACCCCUCUUUUUUGACAGGAACAAUGAACACACAGAGAACUUCACAUCCAUCUCCAAAGCAUUCUUUGACUUGGAUAUUUUGACAACUUAGCCAUCAAACCGCACAUCACAUCUGGAAACGAGGACCCCUCUUUUUUGACAGGAACAACGAACACACGGAGAACUUCACAUCUAUCUUCAAAGCAUGCUUUGACUUGGAUAUUUUGACAACUUGUGCCAUCAAACCGCACAUCACAUCUGGAAACGAGGACCCUGUGGCUCUCCCAGCCCAUAACAACCCUCACGAAAUGAACAUGGAUGACUCCGCCUCAUACAUGGAGUAUCCUUCACAACCUAGGGAAUCAGAUAUCCCAAAUGAUGACUCUGAAACCCCUUCAAGAUCAAUGCCAUCAGAACAAGAAUUACUGGAUCGGCUGAAUGAGACCACAAGUGCUACAGUUUGGAAGAGGAGAUACACUCGCAGUAGAGCUAAAGCUGCGCACACACUGCACUAAUUUGUUUGGUUCUUUUGUGUCGCAUCUGUUUUCUUUUCUUUCUUUUUCUUUUGUUUCCUUUCCUUCUCGUGCAUUGUUUUGACUUUCCUCACAUUGUACUUUCAUUCUCAAUUUUCAUAAAAGUUUUUUUUUUAAAAAA